AGCGGUUUCCGCUGGAGCGGCGGCGGGUAGUGGCCCUCGUCCACUUGGGCUUGCGUCCGCCUUAUCGAUUGGAGGUGGAGCAGGGGCAACCGCCUCGGCAGCAGUUCCGAAGGAGCAGCACACCGCUUUGACGGUGCCCAAAGUCGAACAGAUAGACGUGUAUCAUGUGUCGCAGGUCUUGGAAGCGGCCCACAGCUCCUUUCCGCCCGUCGCGGCCCAGGCCCUACAACGGUUUUGCGAUCUGUCGUACCAGGAUAACAACGGAUACGCCAACGAACACGCGUAUCGAAUGGGGAAAAACGUUGUCCCCAUCUCAACAUAUUGAUUUGUCAUCCAAAUAAUCAUCUAGAUCGGAUCCACUGCAUCCCUGGAGUGUAGUUUCUCAACAUCAUUCGCAGCCGGAUAUUGAGAAGUGUUUUUAUUGUCUCUAUUUUGUUCUCGAAUUGCAAUUUGUCAUGCAGCUAGUCGAAAAAUCGAGGCACGAUGAUCGAUUUGUGAUGCGACUUCGACACCCGAGGACGCGGCGUGACCAGAUUCUGAUGCGGAGUUCGUAAAGCUUCUGGAUUUUUUGUCUAGCAGAUGCAGAUUCACCAUCUAAUAUUAACUUGGCACGAUGAAUGUGGGGACGUUUUUCAUGAGGAUAGCGCGAUUACCACCUGGGUGUACGUGAUGUUGCGGGUGCUGUGUAUGCGCAGCGUGCGGGCGGCACUGCGGGAGUUGUAGGUCGUGAGUUGAAGACACAUCUACCCUGGUAGAACUUUUUCGUGGAGUGACUGGC